AAGAGAUCAACUCUUAAGAUCCUCAUCAGUGAAUGGAGUCCAAGCAGAAGCUGAAUAUGCUGAAUUUCUUCAUUGUAAAGGGAAAAAAUUUACAGAUUUUGAUGAAGUUCGCCAUGAGAUUGAAGCAGAAACAGAUCGAGUGACUGGAAUGAAUAAAGGCAUUUCCUCUAUACCCAUUAAUUUACGAGUCUAUUCUCCACAUGUGUUAAAUCUCACCCUUAUCGACCUACCUGGAAUAACUAAAGUGCCCGUGGGAGACCAGCCACCAGAUAUCGAGUAUCAGAUCAGAGAAAUGAUUAUGCAGUUUAUCACGAGGGAGAACUGUCUGAUUUUGGCAGUUACUCCAGCCAACACUGAUCUUGCAAACUCGGAUGCACUGAAGCUAGCUAAAGAAGUUGACCCUCAAG